UUCAGUUCCCUGACUGUCGAGAGACCCCUGGCGUUUUCAGUUAAAAGGGAAGGAGAGUGCUGGGAACCCGAGGGAGGCGAGGGAAUCGUCCGGAAGUCCGGGAAGGUUCCUGGAGCAAAAGGCGGCUGGCUGACUUUGCGGGAGCAGACCAGAGUCUCGAGGAAGGCCGGCAGACGCCUCCCGGGAGCCCGGACCAGCGCGAGGGGCGGGCUCCUCCGGCGGAAGCUGUAUCCAGCAUGCUCCAAGGCUACAGCUCCGUGUUCCAGGCCUUGCUGGGGACCUUCUUCACCUGGGCAAUGACAGCAGCUGGAGCAGCUCUUGUCUUCAUAUUCUCCAGUGGGCAGAGGCGGAUCUUAGACGGAAGUCUGGGCUUUGCUGCAGGGGUCAUGCUAGCAGCUUCCUAUUGGUCUCUGCUAGCACCAGCGGUUGAGAUGGCCACGUCCUCAGGGGGCUUCGGUGCCUUUGCCUUCUUCCCGGUGGCUGUUGGCUUCACCCUGGGAGCAGCUUUUGUCUACCUGGCUGAUCUCCUGAUGCCUCACUUGGGUGCUGCGGAAGACCCCCAGACGGCCCUGGCCCUGAACCUGGACCCUGUACUGAUGAAGAAGUCUGAUCCUGAGGGCCCCACCACACUGCUCCUGCCCGAGAGGGAACUCUCCAUCCGGAUAGACAAGAGCGAGAAUGGCGAGGUAUACCAGAGGAAGAAGGCAGCAGCCACUGACCUCCCAGAGGGCACUGCGCCCUCAGGCCCUGUGCAAGGCAACCCAGGGCAGCAUGCGGUCAGCAGCUGGAGGAGGAUCGCUCUGCUCAUCCUGGCCAUCACCAUACACAACGUUCCAGAGGGUCUCGCUGUCGGUGUAGGAUUCGGAGCUGUAGAAAAGGCUGCAUCUGCCACCUUCGAGAGUGCCAGGAAUUUGGCCAUUGGAAUUGGGAUCCAGAAUUUCCCAGAGGGCCUGGCUGUCAGUCUCCCUCUGCGCGGAGCAGGCUUCUCUACCUGGAGAGCUUUCUGGUAUGGACAGCUGAGCGGCAUGGUGGAACCCUUGGCCGGGGUCUUUGGAGCCUUUGCUGUGGUGCUGGCUGAGCCUGUCCUGCCCUAUGCACUAGCCUUUGCUGCUGGUGCCAUGGUCUAUGUGGUCAUGGACGACAUCAUCCCGGAAGCCCAGAUCAGCGGCAAUGGGAAGCUGGCAUCCUGGGCCUCCAUCCUGGGAUUCGUGGUGAUGAUGUCCCUGGAUGUGGGCCUCGGCUAGCUCCAACAACCUUGGGACCCCAGGAAGGAAAGUGCUCAGCUUCUGCAGGACCAUGAGCCCCUCUCCUUAUUAAAAUCCCGUUCCUUUCUCUCCUCUCCAUGCCCUUACAGAUCAGCUCUGAUUACACUUUGACUUUUCAUUUUGCUUUGGAGGGAAAAGCUGGUUUUCUUUGUAAUCUCAAGGCGUCAUAGAACUGUAGGUUUGUGUUUGGGCCACUGAGUGGAAGGAAUCUUUCUUCAGUAGGAUUGUCAAGGCCAACCUCUACUGUCCCACCUCCAAUCUCCCACACUAGGCUCAACUUUAGCUCCUCAGGGUUGCCUCCACAAGGCAGCUCUUUCACCGCAAGCCCUGAGCAGGUUGGCCUAGGGUCUUAGAGCAGGUGGCCAGAGCACCCUGUGCUCUUUCACCAUGGCCCUUCUGUCCACCGGGAAUGCAGGGACAGAAGCAUCAUGAACACAGAAAUCUGUUCUCCCACACUGAGGCAGCUCAAGCAGCGUCUGCUUCCUCCAGAGACACACAUGGGAGGCUCCCCACACAAAGGGAAAGGAGUCAGCUAGUCUUCCUGUUUUGUCCUAAGGCAAAGAUUGGCAUUGCCAAGGUCAGAGAAAUUUGGAAAGUAGGGUGACUGUGAACACACACACACACACACACACACACAGUGUGCUCUGUGAAAAGCGCUGUGAGUGUGGUACUGAGUGGAGGUCUCUGCUCUUGAUAGGUCACAAGAGCAGAGCACUUACUCACGGUUCCUAGAUCUCCUAGCUAUUAAUCUUGAUGUGUUUACAGCCAUUGUUUUCCUGAGACACUUGUGGAUACUGGCAAAUUGCGAGUACUCAACCCCCUGGUUUACUAAUGGAGUUACUUAAGUUAGCUCGGUGAAUGAAUGUCCUUUGGCGUCUGCUAAGGCGCUUUCUCUGCAGGUCCAGAGCCCCUGAGCUCCAGCAGGCUUUGUAGGAAUCUGGUCAGAUUCCAAUGAGAAAGAAAAGAUGUGAUUUUGCAUUUCCCUUCUUAGAAAACUUAAAAUUCUGAGAUGACCCUGAAGAAUGACUGGCCCUGGACUACACGCUAACCUGCUCUAUCACACAUGUAGCUCCGCCAUCAGCCCUCCCACCUGAGGCCUGAGCCCUUCCUGGUCAGAGGAGUGUGUGGGACUCACAGUACCUGGGAGCCAGGCAUUCAUGUACUGGGUUAUCAGUGUCUGCUCUCUGUGUUUACAUGGUCCGUCCCUCCCAGGGUGAAUACUAUAGGCUGUGAAUGCUCAAGUCCCCAGAGGCCCACCUCAGCUGGGCGUAUGUCCGUUCUGAAGAAGCACAGGUGAUCAAAAUUGAAGACUCAUUCAGAGUCUUGAUUGGUUGAGGCUAGUUUGGUGAUUGACACACAUGUAUAUUUUAUCCUCAUGUCUUUGUGUGUAGUUCUGUUACUGCAGAUCAUCCUUUCUUCCGGAUAAGACCUUGUAACUGUGAUUAAUAUCAAUAAAGGGAAUUUUGUUGUGCA